UGGGUUAAUUAUUCUCGGCUCCAUGGCGCUGCAAUAACGGGUUUCGUAUGAAUGGGUGAUAACUAUUUUGAUUGUAUUUAUACCGGGGAACGCGAUUUAUCGUUAAUGUCGCGAUAUAUUAAUUAGAGUUGCUUUGGAGAGCACCGGGAAUCUCUAAUCGGACAGCCAAUCGUAUGCGACAUCGAGGACGGCGACGACGAAGAGAUGGCUAGGCGAGAGGGAUUGCAUGAAGAAUACGAUUACCUGUUCAAGAUGGUCUUGAUCGGCGACUCUGGUGUCGGAAAAUCGAACCUCCUCUCCCGCUUCACCCGAAACCAGUUUUCCCUCGAUUCCAAGUCCACCAUCGGCGUCGAAUUCGCCGCCCGCACCCUCCAGGUCGAAGGCAAGGCAGUAAAAGCACAGAUAUGGGAUACAGCAGGCCAAGAACGAUACCGAGCGAUCACCAGUGCCUAUUAUCGAGGUGCCCUUGGUGCACUCCUCGUUUAUGAUGUAACUAAACCGAAGUCCUUCGAGAAUACUAGUCGUUGGCUCAAGGAGCUUCGUGAUCAUGCUGAUUCAAACAUCAUAGUCAUGCUCAUUGGUAAUAAAACUGAUCUGAAGCACCUCCGUGCUGUUGCCCAAGAGGAUGCUCAAAGCUUCGCUGAGAAGGAGGGCAUUUCCUUUAUGGAGACCUCUGCCCUUGAGGCUACAAAUGUGGAGAAGGCAUUUCAGAUAAUUCUUUCCGAGAUAUAUAGGAUCAUGUGCAAGAAGUCCCUAAUCUCUUCCACAGAACCCAAGCUGAAGCCAGGAGCUUCAGAGAACAUAAGAGGAAACACCAUUGAGGUGACAGAGACUAAUGCUACCGACACACAAAGUAGAUGUUGUUCAAGGUAGAAAUAUACUGUCUCCCAUAACCCAGACAUCAAAGCUAGAAGAGUGAUAUAGUUUUAUAGGAAUUAUUUGCUCAAAUGGAAAACAAUUCACAAGCUCUCAUUAUGUAUGCUGAGUUUAGUUCAGCUCUAUUGUUCACCCCUUUGUAUCUUCAUUGCAUUCAUAAAUUAUGAGAAAUAACAUCCUUUUUGUAUCCAUAAUC